AUGCUGCGCUGUUCAGCAGUUACGGGAGUGUUCCGACAGCAACGACGCGUGUUGAUCACGUCGAGUCGCGCUUUCCAAACUGGGAGAGACUGUCAAGCACCGCAAGGAAAGAACGCCUCCCCUUGGAACCGGCCGUUCUGGUCCUGUCGACACACCUGGCGACGGGCUGGAAUCAACACACUGCGAUGCCUGGUUGGCUGCACGGUCGGCGAUUUUUCCGCCCUGUGGUUGCUGCAGACAUACGCUCCGGAUCUGGGGAUGGGCACCAUUAUGGCUGCGUCGAUGGCAUCCGGAAUCACAACCUCGAUCAUCCUAGAAACGGUUCUCCUUCGACGCGGCGCCGACAAGCUCUCCUGGCCCAUGGCCGCUCGCACCGCGAUGGGGAUGAGCCUCGUCUCGAUGCUGGCCAUGGAAGUCGCCGAGAAUGUAGUCGACUACCAUCUCACGGGGGGUGUGGUCGUUCUCGACGAUCCCAAGUUCUGGCUCGCCGCUGCAGUCUCAAUUACUGCCGGAUUCUUGACUCCGUUGCCGUACAACUACCUGCGACUCAAGAAGUACGGAAAGGCGUGUCACUGA